AUGAAACCCUCUGUUUCCAUUUCCAUUGUGGUCGUAGCAUGUAUCUUCUUGUAUGGAACGUAUUUGGAUAGUGCCCCUCACUUUGUGGAUGCAUCUGAACCAUCAGCACUACUACGACUAGAAGCAAAGGCUCUGUUGGAGACUGGGUGGUGGGGGAGUGUCACCGGCAACACCUCAACUCGUCCUUGUACCUGGUACGGUAUUACUUGCAAUAAUGUUGGAAGCGUCACUAGGAUUGCAAUAGGUGGUCGGCUCUAUGCACUACCAGAUAAGUUAAAACUCAACUUCUCUUCCCUCCCUAAUUUAGUUCACCUUGAUCUCUACUCUAAUAAUCUUCAGGGAAGUAUUCCACUUGAGAUAGGUACUCUCUCAAAACUCACCUACCUUGAUCUGUCUUACAAUAAUCUGACAGGUGAGUUACCUCUUUCUCUUGCCAACCUCACCCAAUUAGUUUCGUUUGACAUUUCACAUAAUCAAAUCAUUGGACCAAUCCCUUCAACUCUGGUCCAUCUAACUGAUUUGGAAUCUUUGCUCCUCGGCAGCAAUCGAAUCCAUGGUUCCAUUCCCCCAGAAAUAGGCAAUAUGGAGAAUCUGACUUAUUUGUCCCUCUGGAAUAACAGCCUUAGUGGUCCAAUCCCUUCUACUCUGGGCCAUUUAACUAAUUUGGAAUAUUUGUUUCUCAGCAACAAUCGAAUCAAUGGUUCCAUUCCCCUAGAAAUAGGCAAUAUGGAGAAUUUGACUUAUUUGUCUCUCGAGAAUAACAGUCUUAGUGGUCCAAUCCCUCCUACUCUGGGCCAUCUAACUAAUUUGAAAUAUUUGUUCCUCAGUAACAAUCGAUUCGAUGGUUCCAUUCCUCCAGAAAUAGGCAAUAUGGAGAAUCUGAGAUAUUUGUCCCUCGAGAAUAACGACCUUAGUGGUCCAAUCCCUCCUACUCUGGGCCAUUUAACUAAUUUGGAAUAUUUGUUUCUCAGCAACAAUCGAAUCGAUGGUUCCAUUCUCCCAGAAAUAGGCAAUAUGGAGAAUUUGGUAUACUUGUACCUCGAGAAUAACAGCCUUAGUGGUCCAAUCCCUUCUACUCUGGGCCAUUUAACUAAUUUGGAAUAUUUGUCUCUCAGCAAUAAUCGAAUUGAUGGUUCCAUUCCCCCAAAAAUAGGCAAAAUGGAGAAUCUGAGAAAUUUGUCCCUCGAGAAUAACAGCCUUAGUGGUUCUAUCCCAGGAGAAAUGGGGAAUUUGAAGAAGCUAACCCAUCUCACUCUCGAAUCUAACAAUCUCAUUGGCUCAAUUCCUACUCGACUAACCAGUUGCUCUACGUUGAAGCACUUGUUAUUGAGUAGCAACUCCUUGAGUGGAAGCAUUCCCUAUCAUAUCCAAGACCUUUAUUUGUUGACUACCAUAAACCUUAGUCAUAACUUAUUUAGUGGAAAAAUACCUCUCGAACUUGGGGGUUUAGCAUCUUUAGUGGUCUUGGAUCUUAGCUACAAUAAUCUUUCUGGCAACGUACCCAUUUCUUUUACUUCUGUAACACAUAUCAACUUGUCAUACAAUUCUUUGGUGGGUCAAAUACCGGACAGUUAUCAAAAUCAUACAUCUGACACAUUAAUUGGCAACAAGGAUUUAUGCGGUGACUUCGUGGGUUUCUCUCCUUGCCCUCCACAUUCCCCUCCUUCCCUUUCACUUUCCCUAACCAAUAACAAAUCAGUUAUACCCAAAGUAAAAAUCAUUGCACCCAUCAGCAUUUUCCUUGGAUCCUUAGUCCUUCGGGGUUUUUGUUUUUUCCUGUUUAAACAUGUGGUCAACAAAACUCAAUCUAUCUCCACGGAGAGAAAGAAUGGAAACUUGUUCUCAAUAUGGAAUUAUGAUGGAAAUAUUGCAUAUGAAGACAUCAUUCAAGCAACUGAAGACUUCGACAUCAAGUAUUGUAUUGGGACAGGUGGUUAUGGUAGUGUUUACAAAGCAGAACUACCUAGUGGAAAAGUAGUUGCCUUGAAGAAGCUUCAUCGCUUAGAGGCUGAGAAUCCAGCUUUUGAUAAGAGUUUCAAGAAUGAGAUAAAGGUGUUAACAGAGAUCAGGCAUAAAAACAUUAUAAAGCUUUAUGGGUUUUGUUUGCAUAAGCGAUGUAUGUUUCUGGCUUACGAGUACAAGGAAAGGGGAAGUUUGUUUUGUGUCCUAAACGACGACAUUGAAGCUGUGGAAUUAGAUUGGAGAAAGAGGGUAAAUAUCAUCAAAGGCACCGCACACGCCUUAUCUUACAUGCAUCAUGAGUGCAUCCCAGCAAUUGUUCAUCGAGAUAUAUCAAGUAAUAAUAUUCUGUUGAACAAUAAACUAGAGGCUUUUCUCUCUGACUUUGGCACAGCUAAACUUCUUGAUUCGGAUUCUUCCAAUCAAACAUUGGUUGCAGGCACUUAUGGUUAUAUUGCCCCAGAGUUGGCAUAUACCAUGAAAGUUACUGAAAAAUGCGAUGUUUAUAGCUUUGGAGUGGUGGCAUUGGAAAUAUUAAUGGGAAGACAUCCAACGGAACUCUUGACUUCAAUAUCAUCAUCGUCUUCUCAAAGUGUAAUGUUACAUGAAAUAUUAGAUCAACGUCUACCACCUCCAAAUCAUCUAGUUGCACAAGAUAUUUUUCUUGUCGCUACAAUAGCAUUUGCAUGUGUACACAUCAAACCAAAGUCUCGACCUAUAAUGAAAUGCGUGUCUCAAGAAUUUAUUUCUCAAAAGAAGCCAAUAGCCAAGCCUUUACAUGCAUUUUCACUAUGGCAGCUAAAGAACCAGGAAAUCUAUAUGGCUGGAUCAGGGGAUGAUACUCAAUUAUGAAGUGCUUUUUGUUAAGUUGAGUAUAAUAUUGUUUGAUGAACUUGUAUGAAUAAAAAA